AUGGUGGCCCACGAUGAAGAAGCGCACGCUUUACUCGACGAACAUGAACUCUGCAGCGAGGAUCCAAGUGCUCAAGAAGAUAGAGCUUUGUCUUCGGCAUACACCGCUCCAUUUUCGCAUUGGUUCAAGCGAUCAUGCGUGGUGCGGUGGGUAGUGGCUCUUAUCGUAGUCUCACUACUGUCCAUAUUUGGAGCAUUUAUUUAUCAUGCACGAGGACAGUCCGCCGUAACAGGUCAAGAUACCCCUCUCGGAUAUCGACUUCAUGCACAAGAACAUACGUCUCGCCUCCCAAAAACAUUUAUCUACCACUGGAACAUCACAGCUGGAAUCAGAUUACCAGACGGCGUUGAGAAACGCGUGUAUCUCAUUAAUGAUGAAUUUCCAGGGCCCAUCAUUGAGGCUCGAUCCAGCGACAGAGUCGUGGUACAUGUCCACAACGGCCUCUCCCAGGAAGUUCUUUCAAUACAUUGGCAUGGCCUGCGUAUGAAAGAUCAGAACGGCAUGGACGGCGCUGUAGGGCUUACACAAUCUCCCAUUCUACCUGGCGAUAGCUUCAACUACAACUUCACCAUCGGCGACGAUGAAUAUGGUACCUUUUGGUGGCACAGUCACUCCGAUGUUCAACGCGCUGACGGUCUCUGGGGAGGGCUAGUGGUUCACUCUCCAGAUGAGAUCAACCAGCCACCAGAAGACUAUUUGAUCAUGAUCGGUGAUUGGUUUCAUCGGAACCAAACCGAAGUGUUGAGUUGGUUUGCAGAUGCAAGUAGUCGAGGGAACGAGCCCGUUCCAGAUUCGCUGCUAGUGAACGGCCAAGGGCGGUUUGACUGCUCCAUGGCUGUUCCCGCAAGACCAGUUGUUUGUUCUCAAGCCACAAUGAAUCAGCUGAAGCCUCUGUUUAGACAGACGAAUGAGAGGAAGGCAAGAGUACGAGUUGCAAAUACAGGUUCAAUCGCAGGCUUGACGAUGAGAAUAGACGCAGCAGUAAUGAGACCAGUUCGGGUGGAUGGAGGGUUUGAUGUCCACUCAGAGCCAACCGAAGCGGUCGGCAUCCUGUAUCCUGGCGAGAGAGUGGAUAUCGACGUUGAGUGGAAGGACGACCAUGCCCCAAACCGUUGGCUCACAAUAUACAUGGACGACGAGAAUUUCGGCUAUCCUAAUGAAGCAUUGAACCCAGUACAAGACUUCCCCAUCUUUGAUCAUGGUAACAAGAUGCCAAGUCGCAAGGACCUAGAGUCAGAUGAAACCCAGACCCUUGACCCACGAAAUCUCAAAGCUGCCACAAAGAUAGUAGAUUUACCGUCAGUUGCGGAUCACACCAUCCUUCUCUAUGCGAAAAUCGAAAAGCUCGCGCAUAUGGGCUACGAGCCUGUCGGAUUUAUCAACCAUACUUCUUGGAAACCACAAGAUCCACCUCUUAUCUCCCAGAACCGAUCUAGUUGGGAUGAAAACCAGCUCAUUCCAUUCAUAGCGACAACAAGGGAAAAGCCUACGCGCGUUGAUAUCAUCAUCAACAACUUGGAUGACGGCGCGCAUCCAUUCCAUUUGCACGGACACUCUUUCUACGUUCUCUCCACAUACAGAGAUGAAGGCCGUGGGGGUUGGGGAUCGUACAAUCCAUACUCUGGAGAAGCGCCGCCAAAUGGGCUGGAUCUGGAUUUUCCGUUGCGUAAGGAUACGAUCAGUGUGCCGAGAAGAGGCCAUGCGGUGAUAUCAUUUGUGGCUGACAAUCCAGGAAUCUGGGCAUUGCAUUGUCAUAUGCUUGUUCAUAUGGCUAGAGGAAUGGCGAUGGGUUUGCAGAUUGAUGGUAGGUCAAGCACAAGAGGGCUGUGA